AUGGAGGCCACAUUUUUGAUUGUUGGGGGAGGAAUUGCUGGUGUUACUUGUGUAGAGACUUUAGCAUUUUUGGAGCCCGAUAAAUCAAUAAUAUUAUUAAGUGAAUCAUCACUAAUUAAAACUGUUACUAAUUUAUAUGCAAUCACCAAAACAAUCACACAUUUUGAUGUGGAGGAAAAAGAAGCCCAAACUCUGGCAGAUAAAUACACAAAUGUUACUGUAAUUCAUGACACUCUAACUGAGAUAAAUGAUGAAGAAAAAUACAUCAAAACCAAAAACAACAAAACAAUAAACUACCAGUUUAUGUGCUUGUGCUUAGGGGCUGAACCCAAACUAAUACCACAAGCACAACAUUUUCCACAAGUUCUAGGAAUCAGAGACACAGACUCUGUGGAAGAACUUGAGAAAAAGCUGAGCACUGCAAAGAAAAUAGCAAUUAUUGGUAAUGGAGGCAUUGCUUCAGAACUGGUUUAUAAAGUCCAGGAUAUUGAAGUCCACUGGAUCAUCAAAGAUAAGCACAUUUCAGCAACGUUUGUUGAUCCUGGUGCUGCAGAAUUCUUCCAGUCAUCUCUUACUAAAUCAAAACAACCAGAAACAGUUUCAAAAAGGAUGAGGUACAGUGAGGAGGAGUUUAGGAAGUCUGGGGCUGCUUUGGGGCCUGACUGGUACAAAAAUCUGGUCAUAAAGGGAUCCAAACAACAUGAAAACUUGCCCAGCACCAUCAAAAUCCACUAUGAAACUGAAAUCAGUAAUAUUCAGGCUGUAACUAAUUCUGAACAUGUACUACAACUCACAUUGACAAAUGGGGAAAUUAUUGACUGUGAUUUGGUUGUGUCUGCCACAGGAGUCGCACCCAGAGUUAAUUAUUUAACAAAAAACAAACUGGAAUUGUCGGAGGAUGGUGGAAUAUUAGUAAAUGAGCACAUGCAAACAAAUCUAAAUCAGAUUUAUGCAGCUGGUGACGUUUGUACAGUUAAUUGGCCUAUUGCAAAGCACUGGUUUCAAAUGAAGCUGUGGACUCAAGCCAGACAAAUGGGUUGUUAUGCUGCCAAAUGCAUGGCUGGUCAUUUAAACAAGGAGGAGGUGUUGCAGGACUUCUGUUUCGAGCUGUUCUCUCAUUCAACCAAGUUGUUUGGAUACAAAGUCAUUCUUCUUGGGCUUUACAAUGGCCAAAAGCUGGGGACAAACUAUGAAAUAUUACUGAGAAUGACCAAAGAACAAGAGUAUGUAAAAUUUGUUUUGGAGGAUAAUAAACUGCAGGGAGUUGUUUUGAUUGGUGACACUGAUUUGGAGGAAACUUGUGAAAACUUGAUUUUGAACCAGUUGGACUUGUCUCCUUAUGGUGAUGAUAUACUUAAUCCUGAUAUUGAUAUAGAGGACUAUUUUGAUUGAUUGUUUUUAAAAAUAUUUGUACAGAAUAUAUAAUAAAAUUAUUAUUAGUUAA